CACUGAUAGUUGGCAUUGAUUGGCAGCACUCCUAGGUGACACUGACUGGCAUUGAUAGGUGGCACUGACUGGCACUGAUGGGUGACACUGAAAGGCAGCUCAGAUGGGCACUGAUAUGUGGUAUAGAUGUACAAUGGUAGGCACUGAUAUGUGGCAUUGAUGUGGCACUGAAGGGCACUGGCAGGUGACAUGGAUGAGCACUGACAGCUGGCACUGAUGGACACUGACAGGUGGCACUGCUGGGGCUACACAGAUCAUCAGGGCACACUGAUCAUCAAUGCCCUGAUGAUCACUGAUCACAUGAGCAAGCAUCUUUGGCUCUUUCCGUUGAUCGGUGAUCCGCUGUGUCCUAGGGAC